GCAAACCAAGGCGUUUGCAAUGCCUAUAUAAACAGCGACACUAAUAUAUUGCAUUUAGCUGCUGAAAACUGUUCAUGAUGGGAAAGAUCAUCUUUUACGAGGACAAGAACUUUCAAGGACAAUCAUACGAGUGCAACAGUGACUCUGCUGAUCUGCACUCAUUCUUCAGUCGCUGCAACUCAAUUCAAGUUGAUAAUGGGAACUGGAUGCUGUAUGAGCACCCCAACUUCAAAGGGCACCAGUACUUUCUGAAGAGAGGUGACUAUCGAGAUAUCCAGCAAUGGUCAGGAUUCAAUGAUUUCAUCAGGUCCUGCCGGUUGAUACAACAGAAUCGUGGCACUUUGCGGAUCAGAAUCUAUGAAAAGGAAGAAUUUGGAGGCCAAAUGAAGGAAUUUACUCAAGACUGCCCAAACGUUCAGGAACAGUUCAGAUUUAAUAAUAUCCACUCAUGCAACAUCCCUGAGGGUCAAUGGAUUUUCUAUGAAGAGCCUAACUACAAAGGACAACAGUACUACCUAAGAACUGGAGAAUACACAAGAUUUUCUGAAUGGGGUUCUAGCAGCUCCAAAGUGGGUUCAUUCCGAAAAAUCUUAGAUUUCUGCUAACAUUCUAAUAUAAUAAAAUAAACGAUUAGAGCAAACAAAA